AUGACAGUUUAUUCCAGAGAAAAAGACGAAGAGUUCAGCGAUGUCAUCGAGGGUGACGCGCACAUCAUCAUUAAUUGCAUUAUCUUCGCCAUGGGGUGUAUCUUGCUGCUUCUGUGCGUAAUAGUCUGCUACGACGCGUGCAGAUACUCGCUCUUCGGAAAAAACCUCAAAGAAUCGCUGCCUUGUCGCAAGAAAAACAGCCAAGAUUUGGACCCCUACACGACUGCGUAA